GAAUUUUACUAUUGUACUGAAUGUGAUUAUUCCCUUCACAAGCACUGUGCUGAGUUACCAAGAAAGACAAGACAAUGGAGUUUCAAAACCACACUAACUCUCCAUUAUAAUCAAUUUUUUUUCUGUUAUUGGUGUGACUUUUUCUGCAGCGGGUUUGGCUACACCAUAGAUUGUAAAAUCAUGUGCAUUAGAUGCUUUGAAGUUCCUGACAACUUCACUACUCAAGGACACGAGCACCCUCUUUUCUAUGACCGCAAGUAUGAAAGGAAAUGCAGUAGCUGUGGAACUAGAACUGGUCGUUUUAGAUGCAAGGAUGGUGAUUUUGCCUUGUGCUAUGGAUGUGUUGUGUUGCCGCGUAUAACCUGGUACAAGUAUGAUGAACAUCCUCUUGCACUCACUUAUCAUGAUGAUCAUGUUGUGGAUCAAUGUUUUUGUGAGAUAUGUGAGGAACCAAGAGAUCCAAAUCACUGGUUUUAUCACUGUAAAAUUUGCGAGUAUUCUGUGCAUUGCUUUUGUGUUCUGGGGGAAUCCCCAUCUGUGAAGCUUGGGUUGACUUCCACAUAUGAUUUUCAUCCACACCCUCUCACCUUUGUGAAUGAAGAUUUUGACUACUUUGAAUGCAACGAGUGCAGCAAGCGUUGUAAAAUUGUGUUUGCCAAAUGUUCAGAAUCAUAUUCAUGGCAAAGGUUUGGCAAGGCAGUACUUGAUUCUUAAAUUCCAUUAAUGAGCGGAAUUUUCCUUCCAUCUGUGUAAUUUAGUUCCUUUUCUUCUGUGAGAUGUGCUUUGCUAAUGUUUGGAAUGGAGUUUGUAAUAAUCAAAUAAUUGGAUGCUUGUUUUCUUCUUUGGAUUAUUUCCUUUCUUUUUUUUCUUCUUGUAAUAUAUGUUUAUUUACGCU